AUGCAGAGUGACGCUGUGACCUCCGUUUUCUUAUCGCAACCAGCACUACCACAUAUAAUCCAUAGCGACAAAGUUUUGGUACAAAAUGUUCGUUCAUUUUCCGGUCACUUAAAAGCAACUGAACUUCUAUUACAAAGAAAACAAAUGGUUACAUUUUCCGAAGAGAUAAAACGUUGUGAAAAUUGUCAACAAAAAUCGCAACAAACUAUUCUCAAUUCGUAUACAACGUUUGGCUCACCCGAUCUGGAUUUACGACCACCGUCCAUGGAAAGAGAAACAAUAUGGAUGUGGAUUCAGCACUGUCCACAUUGUGGUUAUUGUAGUACACAUAUUCAACGUCCGAACGAAUUCAAGAAUGAUGAGCAGAAAAAGUUUGAUACUGCUUGUUGGCAAUCAUUACGCGGUGCAUGGGUCUGUGAUGAUAGCAUAAAUGACGAUGCAGCAAGAAAAUGUCGUUUGAGAACAUUGGAAUUAAUUGAUAAGUGUUUAGAAGAUGGAAAAACGCUAGGUGAACAAGUUGCAAUUACAGAAUGUAUUCAAGUAGAUAUUCUAAGAAGAAUUGGUGAAUUUGAUCGUGCAUUGACUAUUAUUUCCACAGUACUUAGUAUAGCUCUUAUUUUAUUGCAGAAACCAGAGCCAGAAGAAGUCAUUGUAAAAAUGUUGAAAUUUCAACGGCGUUUAAUAGAAGCAAAUGAUAAGCGUGAUUAUACAAUUAGCGAUGCACAGAAAAUGGAAAAUGACUAA